CGGCGAAUAUUCAUUGCCUCAUUUGCCUGUCUUCCACUCUACGCUGUCUGCUUCUCUUAGGAAGAUCAAUCGCCGUCGAAGCCGGAGGAGCUCUACAACAUCCAGUUUUCAGGCUAAACUCUAUAGUUGCUGGUGAAGUUGGUUAUACUACAAAGUGCCAUUUCUUGCUCACAUUUCAAGUGGUGUGUUUAACGUAUAUAUAUAUUUUUGAUCAUUUUUGGAAACAAGAGAUCAAAGGAAUGCUGAAAGAUGUGCUUGAGCAUCUGGGGAUCUUACACUGAUAUCCAAAAGGUUUUAGCCUUAAAAGAGCUGUGUUUCUUCUUUGACGGGCACGAGCUUCUUGACCAUAAUAGCUCCUUGGAUGCCCCUUCGAAGAAGCAAAAUGGGCUGGGACGAUCCCAGUUGCCAUUCGUGUUGAUAUAUGAUUUGUGUGAUGAUGGUUGAGCUACGCUGUUUUCAAGCCUGCUUUGUAUAGGUCCUAGCGUGGAUAAUAGUAUAUUUUAUGGCUUGUAGAGGGAGUGUUCUGAUGGAAAGAUACGAGUUAGGGAGAUUCCUAGGCCAAGGAACAUUUGCUAAGGUUUAUUAUGCGAGGAAUCUUGUAACUGGGGAGAGCGUUGCUAUCAAAGUCAUAGACAAAGACAAGGUUUUGAGAGUUGGACUGAUGGAUCAGAUCAAGCGGGAGAUAUCUGUAAUGAGACUCGUGAGACAUCCGAAUAUUUUGCAUCUUUACGAAGUCAUGGCCACGAAAACCAAGAUUUAUUUCGUGCUCGAAUUGGCUAAAGGGGGCGAGCUUUUUAACAAGGUGGCUAAGGGAAGGCUGAAGGCGGAUGUCGCGUGGAAGUAUUUUCAUCAGUUGAUAAACGCUGUCGAUUUCUGCCACAGUCGAGGCGUCUAUCACCGGGACCUGAAACCCGAAAAUUUACUCUUAGACGAGGACGAGAAUUUGAAGAUUUCUGAUUUCGGUUUAAGUGCCCUGGCUGAGUCGAGGCACCAAGACGGGCUACUUCACACUAUCUGCGGGACUCCGGCCUACGUUGCCCCUGAGGUAAUUAACCGGAAAGGCUACGAUGGGGCAAAAGCCGAUAUCUGGUCCUGUGGGGUGAUCCUAUACGUUAUGUUGGCUGGUUAUCUCCCGUUUCAUGACUCGAAUUUGAUGGAAAUGUAUCGGAAGAUUGGGAAAGCGCAGUUCAAAUGCCCCAACUGGUUUCCACCCGAGGUUCGCAAGCUGCUUUCGAGGAUGUUGGAUCCCAAUCCCGCUACUAGAAUUUCGAUGGCGAAAAUUAGGGAGCAUCCAUGGUUCAAGAAAGGGCCAUCUUCUUCCAAAUCGACAAAACCCAAUGGGGAAAGCGAUGUAGAGACUACUCAUACUCAUAAUAGUCCAUCCGAGAAUAUUAACACUGCUAUAGAAGACAACAAGCAAGAGGGAGCAAGGUUAUCGAACUUGAAUGCGUUUGAUAUUAUCUCCUUUUCUGCUGGUUUUGAUUUAUCGAGAUUAUUCGAGGAACCUUGUCUGAAGAAAGAAACUCGGUUCACUUCUUGGAAACCCGCAGCAGUGAUCAUCUCGAAGCUAGAAGAUUUGGCUAAGCGUCUGAAGCUGAAGCUGAGCAAGAGGGACGCGGGAUUGUUGAGGUUUGAAGGGAUGAAGGAAGGCAAGAAGGGCGUUGUAGCCAUCGAUGCAGAAAUCUUUGAGGUCACCCCUGAUCUUCAUCUCGUCGAGCUGAAGAAAUCGAACGGGGACACAUUAGAAUAUCAAAGGAUACUAAACGAUGGGUUAAGACCCGGGCUUCAAGAUAUCGUGUGGGUCUGGCAAAGCGAUCCCCAACAGCAAUUGUUCGAGCAACCCCACGAGCAGCAACAACCCGAACAACAGGCAGUGCCUGUGAUGCAGCAGGAGCAACUACCUUGAUUUCUCUCACUCAGUUCACAAAAUUUGUUCUUUCCCAAGCUAUGUGCCUAUAUCUUUUAAUCUUUUUCCCCCAUUUUUUUCACUCUAUUGGCCUUCUGGCUUCCCAGUUUCCUUGCUUUAGAACAGUGUUUUGUGUGUGUGUGUAUAUGUGUGUAAUGUGAGUACUAACAUAGGUUGGCAAUUGGCUAUGCUAUAAAGUGUAAAGCUUGCUAAGAAUAGAGAGUUGUCCCAUCUUCUAUUGUUAUUUCCUUCUGAAUGUGAGAUUGUAUUUUUGGUUA